AUGGGUUUACAAGGCCAAGAAGAAUGCAAGUGGAGAAUUGAAAAAUAUAAGGCAAGACUAGUGGCGAAAGCUUAUAGUCAAAGAGUUGCCAUCAACUAUGAUAAGGAGAUGAUGAAUGAGUUUGAGAUGACAGACAUUAGACUCAUGUCUUAUUAUCUUGGCAUUGAAGUAAAGCAAGAAGAUAAAGGUAUCUUUAUCACACAAGAAGGUUAUGCUAGGGAAGUGAUCAAGAAGUUCAAGAUGGAUGGUUCUAAUCCGGUCAACAAAUCCAUGGAAUAUGGAAUCCAACUAUCACAUUGCGAGGAAGUGGAAAGCAUGGAUCCAACACUCUUUAAAAGCUUGAUUGGAAGUUUACGAUAUUUAACAUGUAUAAGACUUAACAUUCUUUAUGCAGUUGGAGUUCUUAGUCGCUUCAUGAAGAAACCAACAACCACUCACUUGGAGGUAGCAAAGAGAAUUCUUCGGUACAUUAAACGCUCUAGAUCUGUUAGGAGCUCAUGUGGAGCUAGGGCAAACUUGAGGAAUGGUAUUGAGCUAUCUAAGACAACCCAAAGAGUUCAAGGAAAAUCAAGGGCAAGAGGAAAUAAGGCCAAUCUAUAA